GGCUACACAGGUGAAUGAAAGGAGGUCGAACUGUUUGAAGACAAGCUUGUUGAAUAUAAAUCUCGCAGAGACCGUGUUAACAAGCCAACAGACACCAGGAGUAGUGUAGUUUAGUAGGGCUAUAGAUCAGAAUAGCAUCCAGUAGGCUAGGCUUACAAUGGAUCAACUUUCAUAUCAGAACUUACACAAAGAACAUCAUGGUCGAACAGGCAUUUCAACCUGCAACGAGGAAACUGAUGCUGAGGUCACUCCUGCUGGAAUUGCGGAGGCCCGAGGCCUUCAUGUGAAAAAAGGAGAAUCGAACAUGAUUGGCGCUGCUCUGAGGUCUUUGGCGGUCUCACCCACGUGGAGUUUGAAGGAAGGAGCUUUGUUCUUUACCCCGCAUCAGUUGUUCACAAUCACUGACAAAACGUCCGAUAAAUCACAGGAUGUUUCCUCUCAUCAGUUGGACAAUAAGGAAGGAGAUUGUGACUUUACAAGAGAUAUGGACAAGUUCAGUGAUGGGUACUUUGAAACCAAAUAUUUUCAUAACUUACCCCUCUAUCAGGAAUACCUAGUGGUGUCUGUGAAAGCUGGUCUGCAGAGGGUACAACAGGCUGGUCUGGCUAACCUGGUGGUUUCCCAGUGUCUACCAGGUCUGCAGAGUCCAGAGUCCUACAGGCUUGCUACGCCGUCUCCAUCCCCCACUCGUGUGCUACGGGAUAAGAGCACAUACUCAUUAUGGCAGGAUCUCCCAAUAGUACAAGAGCAGGGCCUGCUCAAGGUGCUGACUGCCACACAGGUCAGGCAGCAGGAGGUCAUGUUUGAACUGCUGACAUCUGAAGCAUCCUAUCUGAAGAGCCUGAGGGUUGCAGUGGAUCAUUUCCAGUGCUCUGAGGAGCUCCGGCACACAUUGUCUUCUGCUGAGCAUCGCAUCCUCUUCUCUAGCCUCCGCAGUGUCUGUGGGGUUAGUCAGAGAUUUCUGAUUGAUCUGGAGAGCCAUUUCCUUGACAAUGUGGUGAUGACACAAUUUGGGGACAUUGUUUUUCGUCACCGGGUGGAACUGCAUCAAGUCUAUGUGCCAUAUGUCACCAACAUGAUGUAUCAAGAGACACUGAUCUCUGAACUGACCCAGGAGAACCACAGGUUUGUGUCAGUGCUGCUCUCUCUGGAGAAGCAGCCGCAGUGUCAGAGACAGACCCUGAAGUCCUUCCUGGUCCUCCCCUUCCAGAGGAUCACCAGACUUAAGCUCAUUUUGCAGGCUAUAUUGAAGCUGACUGACCCAGAGGCGUUAUCAUUUGGGCCUUUAACUGAAGCCAUUUCUGCUAUCCAUGAGAUUGUGAACAAGUGUAACCGCAACGUUCUGCUCAUGAAGCAGACAGAAGAACUUGUCCGCUUUGAGAAACUCGUAGACUUUGGCCAAAUUAAGGCCAUCCCUUUGAUCACACAUGGCCGCUUGCUCAUCCAUAAAGGACGGCUAAGACAGCUUAAGACAGCAGUAAGGGGCCGCCCGACUGUGGGCUCCGUGGUGUCCUUCUCUGAGGUCUACAUGCAUCUUUUCAGUGAUCUGCUGCUCCUCUCUGCACAGAAGGAAGGCCGAUUCUGUGUUCAAGACUAUGCCUUGUUCCCUCAUAAUGUCCACACAGAGGACCUAAAAACAGAUGUGCUUGGCCUUCCAGCAGAAUCCUUCCUGCUCCGCUUGACUCCAAACCACACUGGGGCUGCCACAGCCCUCAUUCUGGUGGCAAGCACACGAAAUGAGAAGGAUGUUUGGGUCAACGCUCUCAAUGGACAGACAUGACGAGGCACUGGACUGCUGUGCUGAAGUAAAGAGUGGUGAGCGCAUUGACAAGACAUGCCUUCAAAAAUAUUGUUUUUAAUUGUAUUUCUUGAAGAAAUUGUAAGCAAUAAUUAACAAUAAAAUAAAAU